UUCCACUCUUCGAGUCUAUUUCCCGUAGCCCGCUUAACCUCCAGAAGUAGCAAGAUGUCUGGUCUCCUGCGAGGGAUUUCGCGGAUUCGCACAGCUCCGCUUUUGCGGGGCUCGACCGUUGUCCAGCGAGCCAACAUUGUCUCCAAACCCGCCAAGCAUGCGAUUGGGCCUGCCGAAACUGUUGUGGGGCUUGGUUUGUUUAGCCUGGUCAUCCUGGCUCCAUCUGGUUGGAUCUUGGCCAACCUUGAGAACUAUAAAAAGAAGUAGUGAGCCUGCUGUCAUGGACCCAGGCAAACUCCAUUUUUCUUUACAUCCAACUUAUAUUGGGACCACGGUCACUUGUUCUCCUUAACUCAGAUGUAACAAGGAACAACUCUUGAGCCACCCUUCUACCUCUUCAUGAUGGUUUACCUUCUUCCAGCAUCUCCAGUCUCCGAGACCUUGGGAACUUGGUUAAUGGCAGUACAUUGACUUGUAAAAAUGGGUGAUUCUCUUCAUAAAAAUGUUACACAAUAAAUUAUUAAAAUCUGAAA